GCCUUCUUGUUGGUAUCGCCCAAUGGUGCUUCUUUCGCUAGUUGUUUUUUGCAUCAUUGGUAUCAUUCUGUUGGUGUUUUAUCUUGGUUGGUGCCUUUUUAUGUAUUAUUGGCAUCAUCCAUUUGGUGCUUCUUUUGCCAGUUGGUUCUUGCUUCGUGGUAUCAUCCUAUUUGGUGCUUUUUUGCCAGUUGGUAUUUUGCAUCACCCAGUUCAGUGAUUUUCGCUAGUUGGUGCCAGUG